GCGGAGCAGCGAGAGGCAGGGAAAUCCCUCAGACCCAGUAGGUCCAGUGUCUCCAGUCAGGCUCGGCACUGACAGGCGCAGACCGCUCAGUUCGCACCGAGGAACGAGCCCCGACACAGCAGGGAGCUUUUGCAUUGAUUUGUGUUUUAUAUAUAGGCUAUAUACUUAUAUAUACAUAGAGAAAGAGAGAGAGAGAAACAGAGAGGAGGGACGCGAUGGCAGAUGCAAGUUUUAACGAGUCGUCCACCGCGGACGUAGCGAACAGGUUUGCUCGGAAAGGUGCUCUGAGGCAAAAGAACGUCCACGAAGUGAAGGACCACAAAUUCAUCGCCAGGUUCUUCAAGCAGCCGACUUUCUGCAGCCACUGCACAGACUUCAUCUGGGGGUUUGGAAAGCAAGGAUUCCAGUGCCAAGUUUGCUGUUUUGUGGUCCACAAGAGGUGCCAUGAAUUGGUCACGUUCUCCUGCCCGGGGGCAGAUAAGGGGCCCGACACAGACGACCCCAGAACGAAGCACAAGUUCAAGAUCCACACCUAUGGGAGCCCCACCUUCUGCGAUCACUGCGGCUCUCUGCUCUACGGUCUCAUCCACCAGGGCAUGAAGUGCGACUCCUGCGACAUGAACGUCCACAAGCAGUGUGUCAUGAACGUGCCCAGCCUCUGCGGAAUGGACCACACCGAAAGAAGAGGCCGCCUUUUCCUGAAGUGUGUGGUCAGCGGGGAUAAGCUGGAGGUCAAAGUUGUUGAAGGCAAAAACCUCAUUCCCAUGGAUCCCAACGGCCUCUCCGAUCCGUACGUCAAACUCAAGCUCAUACCAGAUCCUAAAAACGAGACCAAGCAGAAGACCAAAAGAAUAUACUCCAACCUCAACCCCAAAUGGGACGAGACCAUAGUUUUCAAGCUGAAGCCUUCGGACAAAGACCGCAGGCUGUCUGUAGAAGUGUGGGACUGGGAUCGGACCACCAGAAACGACUUCAUGGGAUCCCUUUCCUUUGGCGUGUCAGAGCUCAUGAAGUCUCCUGUCUGUGGCUGGUUCAAGUUACUGUGUCAGGAGGAGGGGGAGUACUACAACGUCCCCAUCUCAGUGGAGGAUGAUGGGAACGACGAAUUGAGGAAGAAAUUUGAGGACUGCCAAAAUAACUGUAAUCUGAAGGAAGCCAAGUUAGGCCCGGGAAAGAAGAUGAUCUCAGAGACAGACGACGGCCGCCCCAGCAGCUACCCUUCCAACAGCCUGGACCAGGUCAAGCUAAGUGACUUUAGCUUUCUGGCGGUGCUGGGAAAAGGCAGCUUUGGAAAGGUUAUGCUAGCAGAGAUGAAGACCACGGAAGAGCUUUACGCCAUUAAGAUCCUAAAGAAGGAUGUGGUGAUCCAGGACGACGAUGUGGAGUGUACGAUGGUGGAGAAGAGAGUCCUGGCCCAGCAGGACAAGCCGCCCUUCCUCACGCAGCUCCACUCGUGCUUCCAGACUGUGGACCGGCUGUAUUUCGUCAUGGAGUAUGUGAACGGUGGAGAUCUCAUGUACCAUAUCCAGCAAGUGGGCAAGUUCAAGGAACCCCAAGCAGUAUUCUAUGCAGCAGAGAUUGCAGUGGGACUAUUUUUCCUGCACCUUCAAGGAGUUAUUUACAGGGAUCUGAAGUUGGACAACGUAAUGCUGGACUCAGAGGGACACAUUAAGAUCGCCGACUUUGGCAUGUGUAAAGAGAACAUGGUAGAGGGCGUGUUCACACGAACCUUCUGCGGCACUCCGGACUACAUCGCUCCAGAGAUCAUUUCGUAUCAGCCGUAUGGACGCUCUGUAGACUGGUGGGCGUAUGGAGUUCUGCUUUACGAAAUGCUGGCAGGACAGCCUCCGUUUGAUGGGGAGGAUGAAGACGAACUGUUCCAGUCCAUCAUGGAGCACAACGUCUCCUACCCAAAGUCCAUGUCCAAAGAAGCCGUCUCCAUCUGCAAAGGGCUGAUGAACAAACAACCAGCGAAGCGUUUGGGCUGCGGCACCGAAGGAGAGAGGGACAUCAGAGAACACGCCUUCUUCAGACGGAUCGACUGGGAGCGCCUGGAGAACAGAGAGAUACAGCCGCCCUUCAAGCCCAAAGUGGGCCCCACGUCCUCGGAUGAGUGUGGCAAAGGGGCGGAGAACUUCGACAAGUUCUUCACGCGUACCCAACCCCAGCUCACGCCGCCCGACGAGCUGGUGAUAGCCAACAUCGACCAGGCCGAGUUUUCAGGCUUCUCCUUCAUCAACCCUCAGUUCGUUCACCCGUCGCUCGUCAGCAGCGAAUGAGGAGGAGGAAGAUGAUGGUAGAGUCUCUGAUGAAGAUCCCUGCUCCCUGCCGCCUACCUGAACCAACCGUCGACGAAAUCCGACUAGCGCCUCGAGUCCCACAGUUGAUCCCAAUGUGUUGGUGUUCUUCCUAAGCAGGACUGUAGGGCAUGCAUAUUUACUUUGUACAUCUUUAUUUUUUCCUUGCCAGUACAGAAUAUGAAUCGAAUAGACUAGAUUGGUUUCAGUCGCCAUAAGACGUCAUUUUAAUUUAAAUUUUUUUUUUUUACUAAUCCUGAGCAUGCACCGUAGGACGAUGUGUCUCUGUAACCUGGGAGGCGUUCAAACGAGGAAGGGUGCCAGGCUUUAUUAAUCUAUGCCAGUAUGUGAUCGAGAAAACAAAAUAUGUUUACAAGCCUCAGUGGAUUCAACUGGUGUCAAUAGAUCCUCAGCGCCUCGCAAGAGAAAGUCGUGCCGCUUGAACCUUUGCAGAUUUCGCUCCGUUGCCAACCACAAGCUUCCGUGGAUUUCCGGCAGGAUUUUUUGUGAGAACAACCAGUCGGGAUGAAAAUAUGUGAUUUAAAAAUCCGAAAACACGGUUUGAAAAAUGUUCCAAUUCACCGAAGGUUCUUAAUGAGAUUUAGGUGCUAAAUCCACCUUCAUCCACCUUCCAAGCGACUCCGACCAGCUUCCAUGUUCAGCUGCAGAGACGCAUCCCCACAGCAUGACGGUGCCACCGCCGUACUCUGCUGUGGAGACGGUGUGUGUUUAGAGUGCUAGUUUUCAGACACACGCAACAUUUUGCAUGAAUAUAGACCUGUUGAUCUUACCACACUCGUGUAUCACAAAAAAGAAAAGAAAAAAAAAGUCUGGGUGAAAUCCAGUGGAGUUUGUGGUUGUAACAGGAAAGAUGUGAAAAAAGUUCUUGCGGUCAGUACGUACUUUUGACAAGGUGAUUUUAUUUUAUUAUUUUUUAGGUAAUCAGAAUACGCACGUAUCAGGCAGUUUAGAUGUUGUAGCCAAAUAUGAAGGAAAGGUGCUUCAGGCGUUGAAACAGCACCUGGUUAUUAAAUGUGUCCUGUGUCAUUUUUCUAGUUUUCUGCUUGUUUACUUCAAACGGUGACGGUGUGGGAUUCAAUUUCAGCUUCUUUCUUCUUUUUUUUUUUUCCACCGUCCCAAUCUCAGCUGAUAUACAUCUGUCGUAAAUCAACUAGAAAAAAUAAAGAACAUUACGACCUUUAGGAAUGAAAAGUGAUAUUCCCAGUUUGUAAAAUUCGAUUUUAGGCACUGAUGAUGAAAUAGUUUGCUUAGUUACUUCCCUGCUGUUAUACAGGAAUCCUUUUGAGGACGAGAUCAAUUUGAUUCAGCUUUAGUUUAGUUUAGUUUGCACAAAUCUCCCGUGAAACCCAAAUAGGUUCAUUCAUUUUUCAACUCCAGUUAGUGUUUAAAUCCUCGUUAGCCAUAAAUAUCUAAGCAGACGCAGCGAGGACGUUUUCAAACGUGUUUUCCAAACAGCGUCCUCUCAAACUGUUUCAGUCACUUUGCUGUGACAAAAACUGAAGAUAAUUAUUGAAAACGUGUUGCUUUAAUGCUGUAACAUACCAGCAAGUUUGCUCACUUUAGCCCCAUUUUUAGCUCAGACUAAUGGAUUAAUCUAAGAAAGAAUCGGUGUACCUUCUUUGUAAAUAGUUUUUGACCUGUUUAAAUACGUAUUACUUGCAUUUUUUUUUUUAUACCAACCCAUGCAUACAUUUCUGUUUGUUACCUUAGUCGGUAAAGCCAAUAUUUGUUUGUACGAGAGUUUGACGCCGAUCGGCUGGACGACUUUAACGGGUUGUGGGAAAAAAAAAAAAAAAACUCUGUUGUACUUGUUUUGUUUUAUUACAAUUAUUUGUCAAACUUUUUCUGUUUUUUUUAAGUACUUCCCAGCAACAUUGACUGCAGGUUUGUUUGGAUGCAUUUCCCAGUCGUUGAAUGUCCUGCGUGUUUAAUGAGCAAUAUUCGUGCAUGGCAUCUCAGUGCUGCAUGCUGCAAGAGGAGAAUUUCCAACUUUUAAUCCGACACUCAAGCGCUCUUGUCCUUCUUGUCCCUUUGCCGUUUUGUGCUUUUUGAACUUUCUAUGUUUCACUGCCAGACUUUUCUAGGAGUGAGGGGCCAUCUGCCGCCUUAUACUCGGAGUUUAUUGAAACUCUCAGUUACCAGGAGAAAUAACAAGGUGCUCAGUGUUUAAAUACAUAAGUAAGAAAGGUUUGUGUCUCAAAAUAAAGUGGGAGUAAAUUGGGAAAACAUUACGAUCCCUUUACUUAUUGGCACAGGGAUAAGUCGUUUUAGACUCACUUUUUUUGAAAUUCUUUAAAUAAAAGUUGUACCCGAAGAAAUAUUUAAAACAGGCUUAUAGUGAUAGAUUUUUACUGUCAUUAGAGGUGGAAGAAAGGGUGAUUUAUUUUUUUUUUCUGUAAUUGUUCGGAGUUGUUUCUAAUUUGUUUCACAUCUUCCGUGUCUGUAUAUUUGAUUUGUUUGGUGACUCUCUGUUAAGUCCUUGCAAAUCUCUCUAAAGGUCACAAAUUUAGCCCGUUAAUCAGUCUGAUCGCCGUCGCACUGUGAAGCUGCGAAGCGGCAAAUUUAGGGCUGAUUAUUGAGACGGUAAAUCUGGACAGCAGAUCUCUGAGCAGGUGAAAGUGAGAGUGACGUUUGGUUGCUCGGUUAGCUUGGAAAGCAAAGUGAAAGCAGCGACUUUGUCAAAAAUAUGAGAAAAUAUUGAUAGCUAGAGACUGAUCCGUAAGAAAAGUGUUGUCUCUCGUAGCGUUUAUAUUUAAUUAGAUGACACCGAUUGAAAACUAAAGGCAGAAACGAUGUUGCUGAUUUUUGGUCUGGAAAUCUUGACACAUCUGACCCUUGGGAAUGCAUCUGAGUGCUUCCUGAGGUGUACCCAGACACGUCAGGCCUUUUCAAAUUCUGACUACAAAUAAUUUUUCCGUCCACGUCUGGCGCCCGCUCUGGCGCGGCGCCCCUUUUUGUUGCCCUUUUUGCUCCACUCACUGCUGAUACUGAUAAAACUCAUUUUUCUUACGCCUUCUAGCGUCCUACUACCGUUCUGCUCGUGCCAAACGUGGAAAAACACCAGAACCCGACAACAGAUGCAGACAAACGGGUGGCGCUCUUUAGCAGCUUCUGACUUGACCACAAAACGCACGGCAGUGUGUCACCAUUGGUGCGGAAAUGCGCAGCGUUUCAGUACGAGUCGCGAUGCCAGUGAGUCGAAUGGUCGGGUCGUCUUCUAUACAGCAGGAAGAGAAUCAGCUUAAGUGUUUAAUUUUAGCCUCUGCAGUCGGUUACAGUGAAAGAAGAUCAAAUAUUCAUUGUACAUACUGUCUCUGCCCUGUAUGUGUCCUGGCUAAAUGGACUAGCUUCAUCCCUUUACCCAAAUGUCUGGACGUCUCGUAGUUUAACUCGCAGACAUUCAGGGGCGUAACAAUAUCCAGUCUUUCCUCUUGUGCCUUCCCCUCCGCUUGUAAAGAUGCAACAUAUUCAGUUUUUUCCCCCCACCUUUUGUCUUUUAUUCAAUUCUGCGCCCAUUUUUUCUUAAAUAACCAAGAUUAAUUUACUUUUUUUAAAAGCUCGUUUGCGCCUCGCUUCUCUCGUUGCUUCUUCCAGUAAAUGUGAAUGUUUUUUUUUUGUCUCCUCUACAAUUUAUUGGAUAUAAAGACCUCAUUACCUAUAAUUAACCUUUAGAUUUAAAGGAAGAAAAACUGGAGUAAUCCUCAUGCGUCUGCUCGCAUCCCCUUCACCGCCCUGCGACCGCCACGGAGCGAGUAUCACCGCGAGUCGUCAGUCGAUGAACGCCUCGGCGACGUGAAAUGACGGCGUUUUUGAUGGAGGAGCAAGCGUGCGACGUGUCGAAAGAUGUUUUCUGAUGGUGAUGUUUGUAUCGGCCCCUGUGCCUUGUCACAACAAUCCACUUCUUCUCCCCAAUCUAGUCAAUCUAUCACUUUAGUCGUUAGUUUUCUUGACUCCCUCCCCCUCAACAAAAUUCCAGAUCCGGAAACUCUUGAUUUCCCUUGAACGGCGUCAAUUAUCAGCAUUCUUCUUCCUUUUCGUUCACAGUUUCCAUUUAGAUUGUCGAGCUGAUUGAGACUGAUUUCUGGUAUUUUAGCUCACCAGACGUAACAGAGGAGCAUAUGUUAUUUUAUAUUUGGGUGUAUAACAUUUGAAUGAGGGUUUUCUUUCGUUUAGUCAGCAACUUCUAAUAAUCCCUUCCUGGCUCAUGAUGGUUACCGAUUUUCUGAAUCGGUAAAGCACAAGGAUGCCUUAUAUCUGAACCCAGAAAGCCACAUUUCCGCCUCCUUCUUCCGUGUUAUUUUAUAAUCACUGCAUCCCUGUCCUUGUAUAUAGAUAAUUUACAGCAGGUAUCUACAAACGACUGUAAAAGAGAACGAACAUCUUGUAUUUUGCAAAUGGUGUACGUUUUAUUUUUCUUCUAUUUUUUUUUCACCCCAUUGUUAUAGCCUGAGACCUUUAACUUAAGUCUGAGCUACUUAACCUUGUAACAGAUUGUGUCAUUUGUACCUAAUGUAUGAUAAUGCAAAUAAACAAAAAGGCAAAAUGA